UCAAGGCGCCUCAUUUUGAAUUUCUCUUAAGUGGGCCCCAUCCCUACCAUUUUAUUCAAAAAGUAGCCGUUAAAAAGUCUACAAAUUUCAAAAUCCAACACACAAAUCAAAUUCUAGGUUAAUUCAAGCGGAGCUUCAACAAGCAAAGCCAAAGACUGAAACAAUCCUUUGAUUUCAAUUCUCUCCUUUCUCAACUUUGCUUACUCCAGAUUUUGUUUUUGAAUAGCAGCCUGCAGCAGAUUUGGGGGGAUUACAGAUAUCAUGUCGUUGACACCGGAUUUAAGUAGGAAAGUAGGGGUGGGUAUGGCACCGUCUCCGUCACCGUUUUUUACACCUAGACCGGAACGGCGGAGGGCAACGGAACCGAGGGGGAUUGACUACAAUUCCAAUCGGCUGGACAAGGAUAAAGAGGUCAAUGUACAAGUUCUAGUUAGAUGCAGGCCAUUGAAUGAUGAUGAGCAAAGGAUAAAUGUUCCAAAGGCCAUAACAUGUAAUGAAAGUAAAAGAGAAGUUUCUGUUGUACAAAAUGUAGCUAACAAGCAAGUAGACAAAGUAUUCACUUUUGACAAGGUUUUUGGCCCAAAAGCACAACAAAGAUCGAUAUAUGAUCAAGCCAUUUCGCCCAUUGUUAAAGAAGUUCUUGACGGAUUUAAUUGCACUGUAUUUGCAUAUGGGCAAACUGGUACAGGUAAAACAUACACAAUGGAGGGAGGAAUGAGGAAUAAGGCUGGUGAAUUACCAGCUGAAGCAGGUAUUAUUCCAAGGGCAGUUCGCCAAAUUUUCGAUACGCUUGAAGGUCAAAAUGCGGAUUAUAGUAUGAAAGUGACUUUUUGGGAACUAUACAACGAAGAAAUCACUGACUUGCUAGCUUCAGAAGAGCCCUCAAAGUCUUCAGAGGAGAGACAAAAGAAGCCUGUAUCCCUGAUGGAGGAUGGAAAAGGUUGUGUUGUAGUGAGGGGUCUUGAGGAAGAAGCUGUGUACAGUGCAAACGACAUUUAUAACCUCCUGGAACGAGGUGCAGCCAGGAGGCGCACAGCAGACACUCUAUUGAACAAACGCAGCAGCCGUUCUCACUCUGUUUUUAGCAUAACUAUUCAUGUCAAAGAAAUGACUGUUGGAGAUGAGGAGCUCAUUAAGUGUGGCAAGCUCAAUCUUGUUGAUUUAGCAGGAUCAGAAAAUAUUUCUCGAUCAGGUGCCCGAGAGGCUCGUGCAAGAGAAGCGGGGGAAAUCAAUAAGAGUUUGCUUACACUUGGUCGUGUUAUAACAGCUUUGGUUGAACACUCUAUUCACAUACCUUACAGGGAUAGUAAGCUAACAAGACUUCUCCGAGAUUCAUUAGGAGGAAAGACAAAAACUUGUAUUAUUGCAACAAUUUCUCCCUCUGCACAUUGUCUUGAAGAAACUUUAAGCACACUGGAUUAUGCACACCGUGCUAAAAACAUCAAAAACAAACCAGAGGCUAACCAGAGGAUGUCCAAGGCAGUGCUGCUCAAGGAUCUGUACUUAGAAUUAGAAAGGAUGAAACAAGAUAUCCGAGCAGCAAGAGAAAAGAAUGGAGUUUACAUUCCUCAUGAAAGAUUUUUGCAGGAUGAAGCAGAAAAAAAGGCAAAGGAUGAGAAAAUUGAGCAGUUGGAGAUUGAUCUAAACAUUGGUGAAAAGCAAAUUGAUAAAUUCCGUGAGCUCUGUCUUAGGGAGCAGGAAGAGAAACUGAACCUGAAAGCUGAACUCAAAGACUGCCAAGCGAACCUAGAAAAUAGUAAAAAGACAUUACAUGAGCUCCAAGAGAAUUACAGGAUUGCUAUUUCAACGCUGAAGGAAAAAGAGUUCAUUAUUUCAAAACAAAUACAUUCAGAAAAUUGUCUGAUCGAUUGCGCAAAGGACUUACAGAAAAAUUUGCAGAAUGCAUCAGAGGAUAUAACUUCACUUUUUUCAAGAAUAGAUCACAAAGACAAGCUGGAAGCAGAUAAUCAAAAUCUGCUGCAUACAUUUGGUUCACGGCUUGAUAAAAGUUUAAAUGACCUGCACAAAAUCAUUCACGGGUUGAAUUCCCAGCAACAGCAUCAAUUAAGAGGCAUGGAGGAGCAUGUCAGCUCAUUUCUUGCCAGCAAAUGUGAUGUCACUAAGGUCAUGGAAUCAAAGAUCAACAAAAUGACUCAGACAUACAUUUCUGGCAUGACAAGCUUGAAGAAGCUUGUUGAUGUAUUGCAGUUGGAAGCUUCUUCUGAUCUGGACCAAAUCAAGUCUAAUAUAUCAUCUCAAGCUACCGCAGUUGAGAAGUUUCUUAGAGCUGCAUCUUUGGAGGCCAAAGAUUUCGUUUGUGAUAUCAAGAAUUCUCUGGACGAACAAAGAGAAAUACUAGAUUUCUCUGCUAAACAACAAGAAGAGGCACUUCGUCGAAGUCUUGUUUCAGCACAAUUAAUUUCUCAGGCGACUGUAAACUUCUUUGAUGAUCUCCAUCAACGUGCUUCUGAAGUGAUGAAACUUCUCGAUAAAAGCAACAUCAAUAAAGUUGACCAACUACAAAAGUUUGAGAAGACAUUCAAGGAAGAGGCACUUAGAGAAGAAAAUUUGGCUCUUGACAAAAUUGCUGCAAUAUUGGCAACUCUGACAACUAAGAAAGCAGCUAUGGUGUCAGAAGCGUCAAGAAAUUUCCAGGAUUCUAGUGCAAAAGAAAAUAAGCAGCUGUUGCGAGAAUUGUUAGGUGUCCAGCAGGUUUCAGCUAGCGCAAAGCAAAAACUGAAUGGAUACGUUAAUGAGGUGACACAAAAUUUCUCGGAAGACACAUUGACAUAUACUGGAAGCAGAAUGACUUUGGAAACUUGCCUGCAAGAGUGCACAAACAAGGUGGAUAACUUGGAUGAACAGUUGGGGAGAACUCAAUCAGGAGUCCAUCAAAUUCUUACGAACAAUCUUGCAGAGCUAGAACACAUUUCACAGGAAAGCUCCAUCAGAAUUGGUGGUGCAUAUGAUGAAUUUCUCUCCACUUCUUCAUCUGUGGACCAGAAAGUUGAAGCCCAUGGUCACGAUUUGCUGACUUCUUUCAAUGAUUCUUUGACGUUGGACAUGGAACACAAGAAUAGAAUUGAGUCAAUAAGUAGCAUCUGUCUAAAUCAGCUAAACUCCAUGCAACAGAACCAUGGUGAAUGUAUAUCAGAUAUCCAAUGUACAAAAGAACAAUGCCUCCAAAAAGACUACAUGGUUGACAUGUACACUGAUAAGACACCGAUGAAGCGACCGAUACAAAUUCCCAGCGUAGCAUCCAUUGAAGAUAUGAGAACAGUGAUAUCUAAAGUUAGUCUGGAAAAUGAACCAAAGUGGAGUGGUGCUGAGGGAAAGAAUCAGCGGCAAUUACAACAAUGUACAGGAGCAUCUCCAAAUAGAACUCCAUUUGCAGAUGUCAAUUGAUUUGGCAGUAGAUUAGAGAAUUGCCACCUCGAGGAAUUAAUUACUUGCACUCAUCUACUGAUGAGAGUGCCAAAGUCGUAUUUUGUAAGUUGUGUGAUGCUGCAGUUGUUGCAUCAUCCUUUUCCUCUUUUCUUAAUAUUAAGGAAGGGAUAGGGAAAUUGAAAAAAGGAUAGUAAUGAGAAUUGAACUAACAACUAUUUGCGUCGAA